CAUAAACAUGGUGUGCUGCAGCAUUUGUCAUACUGGAACUGUGUGAGUGAGGAACUGCAGGAGACACGGUGUCUCAACAUAAACUUACAGCAGAAUGACUGGACUGCCAUCAAUUUUGUACCUACUUAUAUGUCUCUCAUGGCAAACAUCCAGCAGCUUAUCAGAGAAAGCUUUUCAAGAUCAUUUACCACCACCCAUUUUCAGUCUGGAUGACCUUAUUCACAUUUCUUUGCAUCGAGAGAAGCGUGCAGCCAGUAUCCGUAUCCCAUCAUCACCAAUUAUUAUGUCAGCUGGCAGGAUUCUGCAAAUACCUUGUGAUACCAGCAUUUCAGGCAGUACUAUAGCCUGGGCAAAAGACACCCUUAAUAAUAUUGUAUCCAAUAGAAAAUCUUUAUUCACAAUUAGUGCAACAACAGCCUGGUCUGGCACCUACUUUUGUAUUGUCUCUCAGAGGAGCCUUUCCACAUUUGCCAGCGUCACGGUGGAUAUUGUACCUUUGCCUAGAAAAGAAGUGAUAUCUGUUUACACUCCGACACCAGUUAUAACAAGCUGCGGUACACAGGCACAAAUAUUCUGCUGUGUAACUGACCCUGAUUUCUCUAAUUACCGUAUAACCUUCUCAGGUGACAACUCGCCCACACAUAGUCAGGCUGGAGGACUGUACAAGUCAGGCCCCAGGUACCUACUCCUGGUUCUAGAAACUUCUAGAAGUUUCUGGAAGCUAGUGGGUGGAGGCAAUGAGGCUAUGAUCUGCAUAUGGUUGGGCCAGCCCAUAAAUAUUGCAGAGCCUGACCAGCAGGGGCAGUUGUUGGGUGGACAAUGGAGUACUGAGACUGUCAUGUAG